AUGACCAUGACCACCAUGCCAGAGAGCCUCAAUAGCCCCGUCUCAGGCAAGGCGGUCUUUAUGGAGUUUGGGCCGCCCGGGCAGCAAAUGCCUCCUUCGCCCAUGUCCCACGGACACUAUUCCAUGCACUGUUUACACGCGGCCGGCCACUCGCAGCCGGACACCUCCUACAGCACAGCUUCGUCCUUCUCCAGACCGCUGGGCUACCCCUAUGUCAACUCGGUCAGCAGCCACGCGGCCAACCCUUACAUGAGCUCAGUGCAAUCCUACCCCAACAGCACCAGCUUGGCUCAGACCCGGUUAGAGGAGACAGGGGCAGAGACGGAGAAAAGCACGGUGGUGGAAGGGGGCGAAGUGCGUUUUAACGGCAAAGGGAAAAAAAUCCGCAAGCCCAGGACUAUUUACUCCAGUUUGCAGCUCCAGGCUUUGAACAGGCGGUUCCAGCAGACCCAGUACUUGGCUUUGCCCGAGAGAGCCGAGCUGGCCGCCUCUUUGGGGCUCACCCAGACGCAGGUCAAGAUCUGGUUCCAGAACAAGCGCUCCAAAUUCAAGAAGCUGAUGAAGCAAGGAGGGGCAGCUUUGGAAAGCAGCGCCCUGGCCAACGGCAGGUCCCUGUCCGCCAGUUCCCCCCCAGUGCCCCCAGUCUGGAACGCCACCUCGUCGUCGGGUAAGAGCUCCACGGGGACCCCGGGCACCUACAUCCCCAGCUACACAUCUUGGUAUCCUUCGGCCCAUCAGGAAACUAUGCAACAGCCUCAGCUGAUGUGAUGGGCUGGGCUUUUGGUUGGGGUUGGGGUUUUUUUUGUUUUUGUUUUGUUUUUGUUUUCUAAGAAGUUGCAAAAGUCGAACCGACCAGCCGAGCACCCCAUCGCCAUCGACCAUAAUACCCCAAAAGCAAUCAAACCUUGCCGUUUUGGGGGAAAUCGCACAGCAUGAGCGAGCGAGCGAGCCAUCUUCGAUGGGAAAAAGGGGAACUGAGGCGCCAACCAAAAACGAAACGGAAACGAAACGGAAAGCGAGGGUCUCCGGAGCUCAGACAGAGCUCGUAAGGGCCCUGGCUGCGGCAGCUCCUGAGCGCUGGGCCAGGCAAGCACAGAUGAGAUGCGGGGCUGGUUCUCACUGUGGACAGCUGACGCGGCAGCCACGGAUCGGCCCGAGAGUAGUCGGACAACAGCCUGCCAGCAGCUCCACAGAGCCACGACCCUCGGCUUGGUUGGACAAUCGGGGGGGGGGAAACCUGUUUGUGCGAGGAAGGGGGGAAAGAAAAGAAAGAGAAGAAGCCCUGUGCUCUUUCUUGUCUGUCUGUCUGUCUGUGGUGUCUGUUCUGCUGAAAUGUAGGUCAUUUCCUUCAUCCGCAAUUCUCUAGUCUCCGAAAAAGGGAACGCCAAUCGCCUGCCUUCCUUUCCCUCCUUCCUUCUUUUCUUCCCAUUUCCCCCCACCUCAGUGUUCGUUGUUUAGUCCUGGGUGUACUUCCCCCCCCCUUUUGUCUGAGGGGAAAGGGGGAUUUUUUAAAUUAUUAUUAUUUAUUGACUUAAAUCUAUCACUAUGAGAAU